AUUGGUGUUGAUAUACUUGGCUUUCGCAUCCUACUCGUUAAAGCUCACCGCCGCCAGUUUCGCCGCCAGCGACCUUCAGCCAGCCUUCUUCUUCUCUUUCUUUAUCCGGCCGGAGAAACCCAGCAGCAAUCUGGGAGUGUAUUAUCGACUCCUAGAUGGAAGCUAAAUUCUUCCGUUUUCUCAAGAUUGUGGGAGUUGGUUUCAAAGCGAGAGCAGAAUCAGAAGGCAGACUUUUGUACCUAAAAUUGGGAUACAGCCACGAGGUAGAACUGACUGUGCCGCCUGCAGUUCGAGUGUUCUGCUUCAAACCAAACGUGGUAUGCUGUACAGGAAUUGACAAGAACAGGGUUCAUCAGUUUGCAGCUGCUGUUCGGAGUUGUAAGCCUCCUGAAGUUUACAAAGGGAAAGGCAUAAUGUACAUUGACGAGGUCAUAAAGAAGAAGCAAGGAAAGAAAUCUAAAUGAUCUAUCAUAACUAAUUUAUUCAAAUACUUCCAGAGUUUUAAGCUGAAUGUUUUAGCAGUCUAAAAUCAUUUUUUACAGUCAUAUUUAUGUAUGGAUAUGGAUUUAGAUAAUGACAAUAUAUUUCAUUUCAUGGGGGUAAACAUCCCCUAUAAGAAAAAGUAAAAUGAUCAUAUUGAUUAGAA